CACUCAAAGCUCGUGUCUGAUUGGUCAGAUAUCUAUCCAUCAUAGUGCAUUGCCAGUCAUGGUGGAAAGGACACUUUGUACAUGGAGGUUUUUGACUGUACGGGCAAAAUAAUAACCCCGAAGAGGAGUUAAGGAUUGCAAAUAUUAUUGCUGACAUCUGUUCGGCGCUUUUUAUUUCCUUGCCUGGUUUGAUCUUCAUUACACUUGUUUCACGUGUAUUCGGGCCGUAAGAAACCUGGUGUUUAUCGCACAGAUGUGGAUCUGGUAGCUGCUCCGGAUGAUGAAUCUUGCACCGACAUAAGGGCUGUAUAUCUGCGUGCUACAGACUGCAAGAACCCUCUCGGUGCUACCAGGAGAUCAGCAUUCCUCGGCUCCUUUGUGUCCAAGGCUGUUGAAAUGGAAUCCAGCUCGUUCCCUACUGUAAUGUGGCCCUGAGCCCCAAUGGAAGACGUCGCCAUCACCGAACUCAUCGAUCGAUCAAGGAAAACAAUUCAUCACAAGCCCAUCAUAUUCAUUUCCAUCAUAUUAUUUUUCCGGGGGGUUUGGAUAUCAGAACAGACACCUGUUGGAUGACUUCCACCCUGAGCAGAUCAUGAUCUGAAGGCCCUACCAGAAGGCCAUAUUCUUUAUUUACUUCCUUCCUUUUUAUCGGAGGAGGAAGACUGUUGAGCUCAGCUGCCUUAGAGAGGUGGCAAACAGAGAGAGAGAGAGACACUCUCUCACGCACGCAUCUUCAUACACUGAGGUGAUUAAUCGCCAUUUGUGCUCCUGUAACUGCCUCAAGACAGCCUAAACUUUGACGUCUGACCUCACCAACACUUUAACCUUGCCCCAACCCCUGUUCGGCCAAUCACAGCAGCCAUGGGGAGAAAAAAGAUCCAGAUUCAGCGAAUCACAGAUGAGCGCAACAGACAGGUGACCUUCACCAAACGGAAGUUUGGUCUGAUGAAGAAGGCUUACGAGCUCAGUGUGUUGUGUGACUGCGAGAUUGCCCUCAUUAUUUUCAAUCACUCAAACAAGCUCUUCCAGUAUGCCAGCACUGACAUGGACAAAGUGCUGCUCAAAUACACGGAGUACAACGAGCCGCACGAAAGCAGGACCAACGCAGACAUCAUUGAGGCUCUGAACAAGAAAGAGCACCGGGAUUCAGAGAGUCCGGACCCUGAGGAGCCGUUCUCCCUCACGCCUCACACAGAAGAGAAGUACAAAAAGAUAGACGAGGAGUUUGAUAAAAUGAUGCAGAGCUAUAGGCUAUCAUCCACAGUGCCACCACCCACUUUCUCCAUGCCAGUCACAGUUCCGGUGUCCAACCAGAGUCUUCUGCCAUUCAGCAAUCCCAGCAGCCUCGUCACCACUUCCUUCGUCACCUCCACUCUCACAGACCCGCGUCUGCUGUCGCCACAGCAACCACAGCUCCAGAGGAACACAGUGUCUCCGGGCUUGCCACAGAGACCUGCCAGUGCAGGUGCUCUUCUGGGAGGUGACCUCAACAAUUCAAAUGGAGCAUGCCCGAGCCCUGUGGCUAACGGUUAUGUCAGUGCCAGGGCCUCACCAGGACUCCUCUCAGUCUCCAACGGCAACAGCAUGGGGAAAGUAGUCCCGGCUAAGUCUCCCCCUCCACCCAGCGCUCAGAUGGUGAACAGUCGUAAGCCGGACCUUCGGGUCAUCACCUCCCAGAGCAGCAAAGGCAUCAUGCAGCUGACAGAUGAGGAGCUGGAGUUGGUGAGUGAGAAUGCUCAACGGUUAGGCGCCUCUCAAGUGACCCAGCCUCUUACCACACCAGUUGUUUCCGUGGCAACGCCAAGCCUCCUGACUCCGUUCUCCAUGCCAACCUCCUUCAACACAGAGUACCAGCUAACAAGUGCAGAUCUUACAGCCCUCCAAGCCUUUACGCCAUCGGGUGCACUGUUGCCAAGCAACAUGACCACUUGGCAACAGCAACCAUCAGUAUCCCAGCAACCACAGCAGCAGUCAUCCGUAUCCCAGCAACAGCAACAACCACAGCAGCUAACUCUGGCCUCCCUCAGUAAUCUUGUCAUGUGGGGCUCAGACAGACAGAAUGGAGAGAUGACUCACUGCAUCUCUGGUCUGGCUGCUAAUCUCAGUGUGACCUCUCAGGGCAGCUUACUCUUGGGCAGGGAGGAAGGGAUCAGCUGGCCAGUGGGAACAAUUCCUCAUGGAGCCACUCUGACGGUUAACACUAACCCUAAUGUCAGCAUCAAAUCUGAGCCGGUGUCUCCCAACCGGGAUCGCAGUACGCCCAGUUCCACCGCUGGAGCAGUAGGUGGCCUUACUGUGAGCCAGUAUCCAGGAACGCUGCGUUUGGAGCCCACUGGCCGCUCUCCAGUUGACAGCAUCAGCAGCAACGGCAGCUCUUACGAGGGAAGUGAUCGGGACGACGGCGGGCAACCACGCCCUCCUGACUUCAACUUGGGCGGCCUGGGUCUCCUUCGAGCUUCUGGGGAUCAGCAGGCCCAAUCUGAGCAGCAGGAGUCCGCCAAUGUCAAACGCAUGAGACUGGACACCUGGGUCACAUAAACACUGAAGGAGACCGAGAGAGCUACUUCUCUAUCUCACGCACACAUACACACACCCCAAAACACAAACACACCCCUAGUGGCACCUGCUUUCAGCAGCAAAUCUCAGUCCGCACUUAGACACAUGCAUGCAUGCGCCUGUCCUUCUCUCUGUCUCUCUCUCUCUUCUUGUCUUUCUUACUGUCUCACUCUCAGACACACUUGUAUUUACAGGUGUUUGUAUUUAUAUAAAAUAUGCAUAUAUGCUCACACACACACACACACAAUAGAUCCUCACACACAGUUGCCAAUUCAGGUGUUAACGUGUUUAUGUACAUGAGACUGAAGAGAAAAUCCAGGCAGGAGGGUGUUCGGUCGUGACUCUGAUCUUCUACUCCUGCUCAGUCCAGAAUUGUGGAGCAGAGAGGCCGACUGGGAUUUCAGAUCAACUUUUACUGGCCUUACUGUACACCCGCCUCACUCGACAUACAAUGGUUUCCUCUGUGAUCAGAGUUCUGGGGCAUUGCUCUGUUAAAAUAACAACUGUUUGUUAUGUUGUGCAGACAAGCCUGUCAGUCUCUGGUUUUCUUUAACAUUGCUUUUGUAUGAGUGAUUGCAUUUGCCAUUUAUCUUCUUGAUUGACUCUCUCUCUUCCUCUUCUUUAUGCUUUGUUUUUCAUUUCUCUGCUUGAGCAGCUGCCUUUUAGAGUCUCCCUGUUAUUUUGUAACGACGUUAUAUUAGGAUCUUUAUCUUUAUAUAUUUCUAACUGUGCAAAAACUAAGCAUAAUGUGUGUUUGUGUGUGCUGUGAGACGAAGGUGCUCAUUUGUUCAAUAGCUAAACACGACUCAGCCAAAAAACGAUCAUAUUCUUCUCAUUGUUUAUUUUCCAUCUUUAUAUUGUAUUUCACACCAGUCCCCUCGCUAACAUACUUGCGAGUGUGUGUGUGUCUAACAGCGGAGCUGAGUUUGAGGCGUGAAUGCCGCUCCGCAUCCUCAAUUUUCUGCACACCGGUGCGUAUGCGUGGACAGUAAAUGUGGUGUCAUUGAUGGAAAUGUAGCGCUAUCUGUACUAAUGAGAUCCAGUCCUUCAGGAAACACACAGAUGUGUUUGUAUCAGCCUGCAUUGUGUUAUUGAGUGUGUGUGGCUGAAUUAUCUUUCAAUGCUGUUGGUUUACGAAAGCCGUCGUCAGGCACAUUAUGCUGUAUUUAUUAUUUGUUUGCCUGGCUGCAUAAAUCAGAGAUUAUUUAGUUUAAUUUACGGGACAAGAAUGCUUAAUUAUUGUUUUAAGGUUCCAGUAUAAGGACAAAAAAAUAAAAAAUAGAAAAAGCCUGAGUUGUUGUGAACUCAGGGUGAUGUGUUUUUAGACGUUGAGAUCAUGUAUAUACAACGUUUCUCUCAGUGUUUCAUUAAAGGUUCUUGUAUAACAAAAAGUUGAUGUCAGUCACAGUCCGGCAGAAAGGAAGGACUUUAGAACAGAAUUCGAGAGUUCUAACGAGAAAUGUUUGUAGAAUUGUAGAACCUGGAGCGUUCUAGAGCCACAGCACAGUUCUAGAGUGGCUGGGAAAGAGCUUUGAGUUUGGCUGUGGAGUUGUUGUAGCGCUGUGUGUGUGUGUGUGUGUGUGUGUGUGUGUGUGAGAAGAGUGUAGAGGCGUUGAGAUUGUACAUAGCGGUGUAUGUUCACAUAUAUUCUGCUGGGUCUUUCUGAAGCAGCCCUGUAAUCUCAGUGGAACCGUCUUGUCAAUCUCUGCCUGUAAAUAAACUGUACCGUGUAGUAAGUCAGCAAGGUGGAGAGGCAGAUGGAGGAUUUGACUGUUUUGAGCGUGACUCUUUUCUGUAAUAUUUGUUCUGAUAAACGCGCACUUUAAAGCUUUCCCCCUCGUCCACUCACACACCUUGAAACCCACACACAAUCUUUCCCGAGAGGAAUUUCAGGACUGCUCCAUCCUUACGGGUUCAUUCACUCGAUCAGUCCAGUUCACUUGUACCCUUCUAACCUAGAGAGAUUCGCUGAGAGCUUGCAGUGAAACACAACCUUCCUGUGUACAAGAUGUUUAAUAGCAUUCAGGGAAGGAUGUUUCAUGUUUUGUGAGAUCAUGGCUUAUAAUUGCACUCACAUGUUGAACAGUAAACAGUAAUAAAAGAAAAAUGUCACGUUUUGUAGAAAAAAAAAAGAAAAGACGUUGUACUGAAAUCUAGAUUAGGCUUUACACGUGUUGCAAAUGUGACAAUUAUGUACACAAAUUGUUUUCUGUGCAUUAGUGUAUUCUCUAAGUGAUAAAAAUGAAGGAUGUUUCUGUAACGAUUCUGAAAAUUUCGGCCUAGUGGUUAGUCAUAGUGCAGAAGGGAAUGGGGUUCAAAAUAUUUCAGAUGUAUUGUAUUCCUCUUAUCCCCCCAAAUUUAUGACGUUUAAGCAUUUUAGAAUUGCAUUCAGCUGUAAUUAGACAAACCUUUCUGUCACUGGCUUCUCUACCUCACGUGCCCUCCUCUCCUUCAAUCCUCCAGUAUCUUUCUCACUUUCUCUCCCUCUUUCCACUCCCUCGCUCACAGAGGAAGACAGAAGCCAUUUCAUUUCACCUCAACAGGUGAUUUACCGAUGUUAAUCCAGAUUCCACACACACAUACACACACAAUGGAUGCAGUACCACAUGGAAGGCAGUGAGAGAGUAAGAGUUGAAGUGAGAGCGUCCGCAUGUCGUGGUUGUACUCGAACGUUUCAUUCGGUUCAGAUCUGGAAUCUACACAUCACAGAACUGCAUAAUAAUCCAGAAAUCGUAUCCACAUCCCUUGGCUUAGGUUGUAGAGCUACUGGGCGGAGCACCUGUUGACUAAAAGACUGUUGUGUCCUGAGCUUUGAACAAAUGCAUUGAUUUCUAUGUACAUUAGCCUUAUACUCAAGGCUGUGCGCUGUAAAGCAAUGCGCCUGAGCCCGUGGAUUAUCUACAGUAACUGGUGUGUCAGGCCAGUGCGAGGUUGAUUUAAAAAUAAGACGACGUUCGAAAAGCUCUCACAAGGACCUCUUGAUAACAUUAGGAGUAAUCAAAGAAAAGACAAUCGUCCAGUGAAUAGUUCACUUUGGCCCUCGUAUUCCCUUUGUAUGAUGUCUAGAGAUUCUCACAUACUUUUUCUCUUGUUAAUUUGUGCUGGUGACCGUUUUAUUGUCUGUUUUUAUUCUUACUGUUAUGAUGAUUAUUGUUACCAUUAUGGUUAUCAUCACAGAUGGUAAUAAUAAUGAUACAUUUAGAGAGAUGAUUUUUAUUUUCUGAGGUUUUUGUGUAGGUUAGGCUUAUUUUAUUUUUAAUUUGAUUUUAUUUUAUUAUAUAUGAAUAUUAUAUAAAUAUAUUUUUCAUUUACAUUUUUGUUUUGUUGGUUUUUCAUUGUUUUCUUCAAAGGGGUGUUACUAAUAUUGCACGGUUUAUUAAGUAAAACAAAACAGUUGUAGUAAUAUUAGUACUUCUUGCUAAUUGAGGGAAGCGAUAAAACAGGUUCGAUAGAGUGACCAGUUCAAUGCUGCAAUUUUUAGUCAAUUGUACAAUAGUAUCUACACAUAGAUAAGGUGGGACAUCCACACAUUUAAUUUAUUCUGAUCAGACACAAUGCAUGGGCGUCAGACAAGCAAAGAAUGAGUCAUAUUAUAAAUAAACUGAGAUGUAAUUUCAAUAAGAGUAUACAGCUCACAAAACUAGAAUAGAAAUUGAAGAAAAAAAAUUAAAAAGAAAAAAUAUAGCUAAUAUAUUGUGUUUGGCUAGUCUGCUUUGAGUUUUGUUGUAAAAAAAAAUACAAAUAAAGACAAAAAAUACAAAUUCUGUUGUUUUCGGAGAAUGAUAUACAAUUUGUGUAUAUUUUCAUAAACAAAGUAUGCACUGAUAUGUUAUUACAAAUUCUAUACUGCUUUUACAAAAGAGUGUUUGUUAUUGUACCAAAGUAUCCAUUGUCCUUUAUGACCCUCCCCUUUUGCGUAUGUUUUAUUGUAUUUUAUAUAUUAAAUAGACAAGUUGAC